AUGGCUGACAUUGAACAGAGCGCGAAAAGCUCCCUGACUGCCCAUGCUAAAGAGGAUGGCAAUUCGUCAAAGGCGUCGCCUGCUGUGGGACAGGAGAACCUCGCUGCAGUGAUUCCUCCGCAUGAGUCGUACGAGGGUCAUCACCGGUUCGAUCCCACUGCGUCGUGGUCCGUGAAAGAGGAGAAGAAGGUUAUUUUCAAGACAGACUUGAUGCUCAUGACCUGGCUAUGUCUGAUGUUCUUUGGCCUGCAGCUGGACCGGGGCAAUCUGUCCAAUGCCCUGACUGACAGAUUCCUGGAUGACCUUAAUUUGACCACCGACGACUACAACAAUGGAAAUACCAUCCAGCUUAUGUGCUUCCUGGCAGCAGAGUUCCCUGUGCAGCUGCUGAUCAAGCGCUUCGGCUUCCGACGAGUCCUGCCCACGCUGAUGCUGCUCUGGAGUUUGGUCUCCUGGACGCAGUCGUGGAUGACGGACAGGCCAUCCUUCUACGUGACAAGAGCACUGAUAGGAGCAUUCGAGGGAGGCUUUAUCCCCGGCACAAUCUUGUUUGCGACUUACUUCUACAAGACAAAGGAGCUCUCUGUCCGAUUGGCUUUCUUCUGGUCAACCUUGAAUGUUGCCCGUAUCAUUUCAUCCCUGCUCGCCGCAGGAAUUCUCGAGAUGCGAGGAGCACAGGGAAAGCCCGGCUGGUUUUGGCUGUUCCUGAUUGACGGUCUCAUCACAUUUGUUAUUGGCCUGUUUGCCAUGUUCUAUCUCCCCAGCUCGCCCACGAGAACAAAGAGUAUUUUGUACCCUAGGUCAUGGUACUCGGAGCGCGAGGAAGUCAUCAUGAUCAACCGCCUCCUUCGCGAUGACCCAUCCAAGGGGCUGACUGAAUUGCAUGAGCGGGCCACCCUGCGCGAUGUCCUCAAUGCAUGGAAGGAUAAGUCUAUGUGGGGGCUGUAUCUCAUCGGUCUCGUUGCCUAUAUCCCCCAAGGCCCCGUCCAGGGGUACCUGUCUCUGACGCUCACGAGACUCGGGUUUACGACCUUCGAGUCGAACAUGCUGUCAAUCCCAUCCGCGGCACUCCAGAUCAUCCUCAUGCUCAUCCUAUCCAAGAGUAGCGAGUACUUCGGGGAGCGCACGUUUCAUUGCGUGGUUGGCGAGUUCUGGUCGCUGCCACUUUUGGCCACCCUGCUCGGUCUUCCUGACCAUGGAUACAACUGGGGCCGAUUUACCGUCACCACAAUGAUCUCGGGAUACCCAUAUUUCCAUCCGAUCGUGUCGGCCUGGAUCUCAGAGAAUACCUUUGACGUCAAAAAGCGGGCUAUUACCGCUGCGACGUAUAACGUGAUUGUCCAGGUUGGGUCGGUGAUAUCUUCACAAAUAUACCGGAGUUGGGACUCUCCGUACUACUACACGGGAAACAAAGUAUUGAUUGCCAUUUGUGCCUUGUCACUGGUGGUAUUUGUGGUCCAGCGUGAGUUCCUUAGGCAUCUGAACCGCCAGAAGGAGCGAAAGUGGGACACCAUGUCACCAGGAGAGCGCAUUGAAUACCAAGCGGACUUGCCGGAGCGCGAGAAGGAGGGCAACCAGCGCCUAGACUUCCGCUUCAAAUAUUGA